AUGCCACCCAUCACCAAAAUAUGGCUCAGCACACUGAAAAACAAAGAUGGCAUUGACUCGGGCGAGUUCACUGACCUGCUCUCACAGAUCCUCACCCACUGCUCCUCUUACACUAACCCCGACUCCAAUCCCGAAUUAUCGCCCAUGCAGGCCUUCUUUUGGAAUGUCGAGAAUCCAGACAACCUCCUAAUGAUAACGGGAUAUCCCUCGCAGGAUAUGAACAAUGAAGCAGAUCGGACUUAUGCAGAAGCCUUCCUACAGACCGCUUGGAACUGCGUGCUCGUGAGUAACGACGCUUGUGGUUGCUUGCCAAGGAUGGGUGUGGUUGUUGAAGCAGUCCUUGAAUAG